AUGGAUAACACAUCACCCAUAUCUUCUAACACACCACCAACUUCUUCAACUCCAUGGAUCCCAAACCCUACACCUACACUUACUCCCCUUGAGAAUCCUCCCCCACUUUCACCAAAUGCUCCGCCACCUUCUUCACCUCUGGAGAUCGCUACUUCUGGAUCGACCUCUGCGGCGGUCCGGUUGACUACGGCCCCGCAAUCUCCGAUGACGGCAUCAUCCCCCGCGACGAGUUUCACCCCCUCGCCGCUGUCCACGGCCGUCCCAAAUCAAGCAAGGCCUGCGUCGCCGACUUCGCCUCCCUCAUCUGGAGUGCCUACAAUGUCUUCCUCCCUCCCUCUAGAUACCUAUUCUAUUCGAGAAUUCCCUCAGCGUCCAGUUCCUCCACAUCCACAGCGAUUUCGAUAG